AUGUCGGUCCUCGCGCGGCGUAUGCAGGGCUUGUUUGUAGCCCGCUCUCGCGUGGCUAGGAAUGCUGCGCGCCCUAUAUACUCGGCUGUGCGUGGGGUAGCCACUACGACCGUGGAGACGCCUGUGGCUACUGACGCUGUUGUACCACCUACUACGCCGCGAGUCUCGGAGCCUGCGCGUGCACGGCAAUUGCUGCGAUGGCUCUGGCUCUCGCCAUCGAAGCGUCAGGAGCUGGAAGAAUACGUGACGGACCCAGCGCAAGCUGCGAUGCCGUCCUGGUUCGCUUCCGCAUACGACGAGGCCCGUCAAUAUCGCACAGCACGUUCGCGGCGAUGGCUUCCUUCGUCGGAGCGUGUAGGUGGCGAUGUGUCAGCCUUUUUGGAACGUGAAUGCGAGAAGAUGCGCUCUUCGCUGGAGCAGGAGCAAGGUAUCGUAUCCCUGGCCAUGUGGGAUGCGAUGGAUGCCGAUGAACAGGCGGACGUGGUAUUGCAGCCGAUGUGGGCCUCUAUGACGCCUGACGAGCGCGAGCAGGCGCUAGUGCGCGUCACAUAUGAAUGUGCACGUCGCCUUGGCUGGCGAUCUGGCUUUUCGUCGGGCUACCCUGGCGCUGCCGUGCCCAAGGCGCUGCGGGAACAAGGCACGCGCAAGACGGCAGCGCGCCGUGCUCUGCAGCAGCAGGAAGAAACGCGUGCGUGGGAUGCCUGGCAAGCCAUGACGCCCGAAGAGCGUCGCGUGGAGUUUGAUACCGCAUGGCGUCUGCGUGAUCGUUCGGUGGUGUACAUUGACGAUGCGCCUACGACGCGUCUGCUGGGUGCGACGGCGCCGCGUUGGUACGCACAGCCCCAGCGUGCUGGUACGUUGACGUUCCUUCCGAAUGUCAGUGUGCGUCUGGUACGCAACCAUACGCCACGGGGCCAGGCGUACGAUGUGUGGAAGGCGACGUUCCGUGUGCCACUCUCGAUGCACAAGCAUAUGCUGCGUUCGUACCUGCUAGCUGUGUACGGUCUGCGCACGACGUGGGCCCGCUCGAUGGUCUACCGCUCGCGUACAGUGUUCAGUGCGAAGAAGAUGCGUCGUGUGGUCGGCCGUGAUCGCACGUUCAAGAAGAUUGAGGUGGGCUUGCUUGAGCCGUUUGUGUUCCCUGGCCUCACCAAAGACUUUUUGCGCUCGCACCUGUUCAGCCAGGAGAUGAUGUACGAGGAGCAUCGUCUGCUACUCAAGAUGACGAAGGGCCGCCGCUGGCGUAGCCACAAGACGGUGCGUGACCUCUCUCGUGCGAUGGAUCGCAACUGGGAGGCCCAGAGUGCCGGUGCGCCCGAUGAGGCGAGCUCAGGCAAGCCUAGUGCGCAGCUCAUGGUGCGCAAGCGCUCGGUGCCUACGGCGCGCCACAACAACAUUCUCUCGGCCAUUGCUGAGCGUCGUGCGGAGCGUGCAGCCCGCGUCCAAAAGUUCUUGGAUGAGAAGCGCUCGUCGUCCUCGUCUUCGUCGUAG